GAUGUGAACUAAUUCUCUUUUGCAAUCAGAUGGAAAGAAAACUGUCAACAAUAGCUGGACUGCUGCUUCUCUGCUGCACCCUUACUGACCAGACCCAUCAGCAUAAGGUGCAAAAACCCACAUUAACGUCUCAAGGCCAAGACUGUACAGCCAUCAAAGAUUCCAGUCCUAAUGCUCAAAGUGGAAUUUACAUUAUACAGCCGAAAGGAGUUCCAGUACCUUUCAAUGUACUGGUGUACUGUGAGAUGCUGGCCGAUGGGGGCUGGACAGUGUUCCAGAGACGUACAGGGGGGAAAGUAUCCUUCCAAAGAAACUGGGCAGAGUACAAACAUGGCUUUGGAUACCUCGAAAAGGAUCACUGGUUGGGCCUGGCCAAAGUGUGGGCUCUUACCAGGAGCAAUGAUCAGAAGUCCAUCCUCAGAGUAGGCCUGUGGGACUUUGAGGGGGGAUCAGCUUUUGCAGAGUACAGAGAUUUCAGAAUUGGCGAUGAGGCGGCGGCCUACAAACUGAGUGUCGGAACUUAUAAAGGCACUGCAGGUGAUGCUAUACGCGGAGCAUACAGUGGUAUUGACCAGAAUGGCUUUGGAUUCAGCACAAAGGACCGAGACAAUGACGGCUGCUCCCCGUGCAUCUUUGGAGACAUCGCUGAGCGCGAAUGUAGCUCAUCAGAGGGUGGGGGCGGCUGGUGGUUCAGCCGUUGUGGCUCAGCCAACCUCCACGGAGACUGGCACCCAGCGGGGGACAACGUAGGCUGGGCGUCAGGGGUGCACUGGCGCACGUGGAAAGGCCCGGCCCCAUACUCCCUACAAGCCACUCGAAUGAUGGUGAAGUCUGUGUGAGGACACCUCAUCCAGUGUGACACUCAGAGGGUUUAAUCUGAGACACUCAGGCUUCUGGUCCAGUAAGAUUUCUGUGCUUGCUCCAGUAAUUUCAUUGAGUGAAAAUUGUGUUCUUAGUUCUCUCACUUUAUACGGCGGCAGUCGCAUCAUGCACAGCUUUGCAGUAUAUCUAGUUGAGGUGACUGAUGUGAUCAGGCUAUUGAUAUUUUAGAAGAGUGAGUAAACAUAAUCACACACACAUGUCUAUACCCUGUGGAGUGGCCCAACAUACUGUGCAUAAAAUGGGCCGCCACAGACCUGGCCGACCAUUCUGGAUCUUUUUUGUGGGAGUAUAUAUUGAGUGCAUAUUAUGUAGGAAUAAAGUGUAUAUUAAGUAUAAAUAAAGUUUCAUUAAACGUCAA